AUGAGCGUUUAUCUCGGAAUUGAUAUUGGCACCAGCGGAACCAAGACGUUGGCCAUUCGCGAAAGCGGCGAAAUCCUGGCCUCAGCGACUGUUGAAUAUCCACUCUACAGUCCUCAGCCAGGCUGGUCAGAGCAAGACCCUGACGACUGGUGGGAAGCAUCAGCGACCAGUGUGCGGAUGGUUCUGGACAAAGGCGGCAUUACUCCCGAAGAGGUGAAAGGGAUCGGCCUCAGUGGGCAGAUGCAUGGCUCAGUCUUUCUCAAUGGUGAAGGCAAUGUCAUUCGGCAUGCCCUCCUCUGGAAUGAUCAGCGAACUGCCAGAGAAUGCGAAGAAAUCGAAUCCCGUGCUGGGGGCCGUGAAGCACUCAUCGGCAUGGUCGCCAACCCUGCUUUGACCGGUUUUACAGCUCCGAAAAUUCUCUGGCUCCGUAACAACGAACCGCAGAACUAUGAACAAGUCCGACAGAUUCUCCUGCCCAAGGAUUAUGUCCGUUAUCGGCUCACCGGAGAAUUUGCUUCCGAGGUGAGUGACGCCUCAGGGACACUUCUCCUCGAUGUCAAAGCCCGCAACUGGUCCGGUGAAUUGUUGUCGAAACUGGAAAUCGAUCCUGACCUGCUUCCGAAAGUUUACGAAUCAGAGGAAGUCAGUGGCACACUCACCGCUUCAGCAGCUGAGAAGUUAGGGCUGCCAACUGGAGUUCCCGUUGUCGGGGGGGGAGGAGAUCAGGCUGCCAGUGCCAUCGGCAAUGGAAUCGUCAGCCGCGGAACCAUCUCAGCGACAAUGGGCACCAGCGGAGUCGUCUUCGCGCACAGCGACGAAGUGCAAAUCGAUGCUGGUGGUCGCAUCCAUACCUUCUGUCAUGCUGUUCGUGAUAAAUGGCAUGUCAUGGGGUGUGUUCUUUCCGCCGGAGGGAGUUUUCAAUGGUAUCGCAACCAGUUUGCUCAAUCCGAAGUCGCCGUAGCUGCAGCGAUGGGUGUCGAUCCCUACGAAUUACUAACGAGCCAAGCCGCAAAGGCUCCAGCCGGUUCUGAAGGUCUCUUCUUCCUGCCGUACCUGACUGGCGAACGAACACCGCACGCUGCCCCUAAUGCACGAGGUUCAUGGGUCGGGAUGAGCCUGAGGCACUCUCGUCCACACUUUGCUCGCUCCGUGAUGGAAGGGGCGACAUUUGCGAUGCGAGAUUGCCUGGAAUUGAUCAAAGAGAUGGACAUCCCUGUCGAGCAAAUUCGCGUUUCUGGUGGUGGAGCCCGCAGCCAGUUCUGGAGACAAUUACAAGCGGACAUCUACGGUCAGGAAGUUGUCACGAUCAACGCUGAAGAAGGCCCCGCCUACGGUGUUGCUCUGUUGGCUGCCGCCGGGACAGGAGCCUACUCCGAUGUCGUAGAAGCCUGCAAUGCAACGAUUUCUGUCGUGACAGAAACAAAAUCUUGCGAGACCGCCAAGGCGACUUAUAAUCGUGCCUACCCAAUUUACCGGCAGCUCUAUCAGUCAUUAAAAGCUGACUUUGGAGCGAUUGCAGACUUUGUCUCUGAUGAAACAAAUUCAACAAGCAAAUGA